AGGGUGAGAUCCAAGGAACCGCCGCUACACCCCAACAACCGCGAAAUGCCUGUAAGCCACCUUAUACAAACGUCCCCAAAAAUAUCGCAUGCAUUCUGAUUUUCGCGCGCCCAAGUCGCAGAGCUCAUGACACGAAAGCGCAAGCCCGAACCGAUUCCAGAACCCUCUAAACCUUUUUCUCGCAACAAGCCCCCUCAUAGAAGCCGCGAUGCCCUUGGUGCAUAUAUCGAAAACCCAUCCUCCUCUCCAGCCUCGCGAGUGAUCUACCACAAUGACGAUUUCGUCGCCAUCAACGACCUCUACCCAAAGGCCAGCGUUCACACGCUGCUGCUCCCUCGAUCCUCCAAGCACAACCUCCUCCACCCCUUCGAAGCUUUCGACGACCCCGAGUUCCUGGCUACGGUACAAAAGGAGACCUUAAAGCUGAAGGAUCUCGUAGCUAAAGAGCUACAACGGCGGUUCGCAAAGGAAAGCAAAGCCGAGGCAGAGCGAGAAGCCGUGCUCGACGGACGCGCAGAGCCGACAGGCACCGAGCUUCCCGAGGGUCGAAAUUGGCACGCCGAGAUCAUUACUGGCAUACAUGCGCAUCCGAGCAUGAACCAUCUACACGUCCACGUGCUUUCACGAGACAUGUAUUCCGUGUGCUUGAAGCAUCGCAAACACUACAAUUCCUUCAAUACCCCUUUUCUGGUCAACGUCGCUGAUUUCCCACUGGCCCCGGACGAUCCCAGGCGUCAUCCUGGCCACGAGGGCUACCUCAUGAAAAAAGAUCUUGUUUGUUGGAGGUGCGGUGACAACUUCAAGAACCAGUUUGUGAAGCUGAAGGAGCACCUCUCAGAAGAAUUCGUCCAGUGGAAAAAGGAAUAAACACAGCUAGACCACAAAUGCGAUACGCAGUGGCGCGAAAAGGGGAGGGCCAAGUGAGGAAAAGCAAAACGCGGAGCAGCACAACCUCGGCCCAAACGCAGAGGGUUGCGCCAUCACAAUAACAACCAUAGAAGGGUGGAGACAAAAUAGUCUCGUAUUCAGCAA